AGAAAUCCAAAGGAAGAGACGUUUGCAAAAGGGAACGAAAUUGAUAGAAGGAAGCGAGAGAGAGAGAGAUGGCGAGUCAAUCGGUGUGGAAAUGGUGCGUGGGUAUGAGAAUGAGUUUGGGGCAUUCAUCGUCUUACUAUUACAAUUCUAGUCGUUGUAGUUCGCCAUCAUCGCCAAGCUCACUCUUUCUCAAAGCUUCUCGGCCUGCAUCGCCACUAAGAAUAACCAGAAGAGGAACCAUGCGGUGGCGCCAGGGAUACACAUAUACAACAACUAGUAACAAGGUUGUUGAGAAUUGGAAGGGGAAAGAAUACCUGGAAUUGACUGACCAGGAGCUCAUGAAACAGUGCGAGAUGGACACCUUCAAGGCCUCCGGCCCCGGCGGCCAGCACCGCAACAAGCGCGAGUCUGCCGUCCGCAUCAAGCACCUCCCCACCGGUCUCAUUGCUCAGGCUGUGGAGGACCGAUCGCAGCACAUGAACCGCGCAUCAGCGUUAGCGCGCCUUCGCACUGUUUUAGCCCUUAGAGUGAGGAACAAUGUGGAUCUUGAGGAUUAUUCGCCGCCACCGGAGCUCCUUCGGAUUCUGCCUCUUAAGUCCACCGUUAGACCUUCCGAUACUGGCCCCCAGAUUGGUCAUAAUAACCCCAAAUUCCGUUUCGGACUGCAAGCUCUCUUGGAUCUAAUUUUUGCAGUUGAGGGUUCUGUAUCAGAAGCUGCCAAGUUUCUUGGGUUAAGCACCGGUGCGCUAUCACGCUUAAUACUAUCGGAUGAUUCUCUUCGGAAGACGGUCAAUGAGCUGAGGGCUUCUAAGGGUAUGAAGCCUCUCAAGUAGGAGUUCUUGGAUGCUAAUUGCACGCAUCAGAGAUGCAGGACUCAGAAAAGUAAAAGGCAUCACUAUGGCAUCAUUUUAUGGUCUGGAAUUCUUGUGUGCAGCAGCAGCCAGGGCACAUGAAUAGCGGGGAAAAACGUGUGUGGUGGAAUUCUUACCUGUUUGAUAUUCUACAUCACUGACAUAACUUGGACAUGGUUAGACAUCAUCCAUUCAGAUUUAGUCAAGUUCAGAGGAAGGAUAUUUUCAUUAUUCUUUUGGUUGCAGCUAUUGUUGAAUGUAUCAUCUUCCCUAUAUUCUCUUUUGGAAAGCAUGUGGCUCGAUGCUUGAUGUUUGGGUUAUUGUAUUUACGCAGAAGAAAUUUUAUGUCAAUAGAGAUUGUAAAAUCACUAACCCAUAUUAUUAAAGAAUUUAUACAUCAUA